AUGGCGACCAAAGCCUUGAUCCAAAACCCUAAUGUGAAACAUGUUUCAUUUCCUGGAGACAAAGCUCCAAGACAGAGAAGCCUUCUUAAGCAUGUCUCUCUUCCAAUGGACAGCAACUCCUUUCUCCCCUCUAAGAGGCUCGUAUUCGCCUCUUCUUCUUCAGUUAUGGCACCGCCUAUUUCUUCUUCUUCAGUUAUGGCACCGCCUAUUUCUUCUUCUUCUUCUUCUUCUUCUUCCCUUGCUAUUACUACUAUUACUACUACUGCUCCUACUUCGACGCGUGUCUCUCACGCGCCGUCGAGUUCCGACAGAACAGCUGCUGCUGCAACGAUGCAGUUGUCCGAGGUUUGGAAAGAGAUCCAAGGAUCUAAUAACUGGGAGAAUCUCAUCAACCCUUUACACCCUCUUCUCCGACAAGAGAUCACACGCUAUGGGAACUUGGUCUCCGCUUGUUACAGAGCGUUCGAUCUCGAUCAGAACUCAAAACGUUACUUGAACUGCAAGUACGGAAAGAAAACGAUGCUUAGAGAGGUCGGGGUCGAGAAUUCCGACAAUUACCAAGUCACCAAGUACAUCUACGCCACUCCUGACAUCAACUUAAGCAUGAUCAACCCGAUCCAUAACGAGCCAAAUCGUGCACGUUGGGUCGGAUAUGUCGCGGUCUCGUCCGACGAGUCGGUGAAACGGUUGGGGAGAAGAGACAUAGUGGUGACGUUUCGGGGUACGGUGACAAACCCCGAGUGGUUAGCCAAUUUCAUGAGCUCGUUAACUCCGGCCAGGCUCGAUCCUCAUAAUCCUCGCCCCGACGUAAAAGUCGAAUCCGGGUUCUUGAGUUUGUACACAUCCGACGAGAGCCAAAGCAGAUUCGGCCUAGAGAGUUGUCGUCAACAGCUUCUCUCCGAGAUUUCGAGGCUUAUGAACACGUACAAAGGCGAGAAAAUGAGCAUAACGCUUUCCGGACACAGCAUGGGAAGUUCUUUAGCUCAUCUUCUUGCCUACGACAUAUCUGAGCUCGGUUUGAACCGGGGAAAAUCACCUAGGGGAGGUGAAAACGUUACCCCGGUGACAGUCUUCUCCUUCGCUGGCCCGAGAGUCGGUAACGUGGGGUUCAAGGAAAGGUGUGAAGAGCUUGGAGUUAGGGUUUUGAGGAUCGCUAAUGUCAACGAUCCGAUCACGAAACUUCCGGGGGUCGUUUUCAACGAGAAUUUCGGUUUGUUGGGUGGGAGGUACGAGCUUCCAUGGAGCUGUUCAUGUUACGCUCACGUCGGGAUCGAACUCGCCCUCGAUUUCUUCGACGUUCAAAACCCUUCAUGCGUUCAUGAUUUGGAGACUUACAUCAAUCUCCUAAAUCGUCCGAGGAGCUCGAAAUCUCUGCCGGCCGGUGACAAUUUCGCAGUGGAGUUUUUGAACAGAACUGGUCAGAUGAUGUUUUCCAAGAGACAACUGUACAGCGUCGUGAACCUCCUUGGUUCGGUUUCGAAUCAAAUGAUAUACUACAAUCUUUUGUAG